AUGGCGGUAGAGGAACCCAUGAUUGCUGAUGGCUGCACAUAUGGUGAUGUUGCCUCCUCUCUGGCCAGGAACUUGUAUGAUGGCAUGGGGACAAUUGAUGUUGUGCCCGUUUUUGUUAGGUUGCACCCUGCCUUGUCAAUGAAGGUGUACUCAUGUGGGUCAGCCAUGGCAUCCAGCUCAAAGAUUCCCUACAAAAGGGUGGAGGCCAUGUUUUCUCAGCAGCCCCAGGACCUGGUGGUGGUGGCCGGCCAGCCGGUGACCUUGCCGUGCUCCAUCCCCGGCUACCAUGGUGUUGUCCUGUGGAUCAAGGAUGGCCUUGCGCUCGGUGUCGGCAGGGACCUUUCCGGCUACCCACGUUACACGGUAAUUGGCGACCACAGCUCAGGAGAACACCACUUGCGAAUCCAACGUGUUGAAUUGAUGGAUGACGCUGUGUUCGAGUGCCAGGCUAUCCAGGCUGCCAUACGGUCCAGGCCUGCCCGCCUCACUGUGCUGGUCCCCCCUGAGGACCCUGUUAUCAGCGGAGGGCCAGUGGUGAGUCUAAGGGCCGGUGACCCACUCAAUCUGACCUGCCACGCCGACAACGCCAAGCCGGCAGCCUCCAUUAUCUGGAUCCGCAAUGGGGUGGUCCUCAAUGGGGCCAUGUACUCCAAGACCUUGCUUCGGGAUGGUCGGAGGGAAAGCACAGUGAGCACGCUUUACUUGUCACCCUCCAACAUUGAGACAGGCCAGCAGAUCAUCUGUAAGGCUACCAACAAGGCAAUCCCCAAUGGCAGGGAGACCAGUGUCACAAUAGACAUCCAACAUCUGCCACUUGUCAACCUGACGGUGGAGCCUCAGCCCAUUCUGGAGGGAAACCUUGUGAAAUUUCACUGCUCAGCAAAGGCCAAUCCCCCCGUCACCCGCUACCGGUGGGCCAAAGGUGGUAGUAUAAUCAAGGAAGUUUCAGGAGACACAUAUGAGGUUAUCGUGGACCACUCCUUUUUUACAGAGCCUGUUUCCUGCGAGGUCACCAACCCCCUUGGCUGUACUAACAUCAGCCGCAAUGUUGAUGUAUAUUUUGGUCCUCGCAUGGCUGCAGAGCCCCAGUCCCUACAGGUGGACCUGGGAUCUGAUGCUGUGUUCAACUGUGCCUGGACAGGGAAUCCCUCCCUCACCAUAGUCUGGAUGAAAAGAGGCUCUGGAGUGGUUCUCAGUAAUGAGAACAUCCUGACACUGAAAGCGGUGAGACAGGAAGAUGCUGGGAAAUAUGUUUGCCGUGCUGUGGUCCCUCGUGUGGGGGCAGGUGAGAAGGAGGUCUCACUUACUGUCAAUGGGCCUCCUACCAUCUCCAGUACCCAGACUCAGCAAGCUUUACAUGGUGAAAAGGGACAGAUCAAAUGUUUUAUUCGAAGCACACCACCCCCAGAUCGUAUCGCCUGGUCAUGGAAGGAGACAGUGCUGGAGUCUGGGACGUCUGGACGCUACACGGUGGAGACAGUCAGCACAGAGGAGGGUGUGAUCUCAACGCUGACCAUGAGUAACAUUGUCCCCGCUGACUUUCAGACCAUCUACAACUGCACUGCCUGGAAUAGCUUUGGCUCAGACACUGAGAUCAUACGCCUCAAGGAACAAGAAUCUCUCCCGGUAGCGGUCAUCAUUGGCGUGGCUGUGGGAGCCUUUGUGGCAUUCAUAGUCCUAAUGGGCACCAUUGGAGCAUUCUGCUGCACGCGAUCCCAGAGAAAGGACGCACACCUGGUUAUGCCCUCACUGCCCAUCUCCAUCUGUGCACACCAGAGAGAACUUGCAAGCAAAAUUAAGACAGAAAAUCUAAAAGGAGUUGUGUCUGCAAAAAAUGACAUCAGAGUGGAAAUCGUACACAAAGACCACAAUGUGGCACGAGAGAAUGAAGAACAUACCUCCAUGAAACAACUGAUGGUUGAACGAGGGGAGUUUCAGCAGGAAUCUGUUCUGAAGCAGCUCGAGGUAUUACAGGAGGAAGAAAAGGAAUAUCAGCACAUCAAGGACCCUACCAAUGGCUACUACAGUGUGAACACCUUUAAGGAGCACCACACCCCUACCAUGGCAGGAAAUCAGUCUGCUGAGGCCAGGAGCACAGGCAACACCGGUACUCUGGGAAAGCAGCGAGUACCAACCGGUAUGUCCUUCACCAAUAUCUACUCCACUCUGGGUGCGGGCCCCAACCGUCUGUAUGACUACAGCCAGCGCUUCGUGCUGGGCAUGGGCAGCAGCUCCAUCGAACUUUGUGAGCGUGAGUUCCAGCGGGGUUCACUCAGCGACUCCAGCUCCUUCAUCGACACGCAGUGUGACAGCAGUGUGAGCAGCUACAGCAAACAGGACGGCUAUGUGCAGCUGGACAAAGACAGCAAGGCAUCGGCCUCCUCCUCCUCACACUAUUCUCAGUCCUCGUCACAGAAUUCAGAUCUCACCAGGCCCCUCCAGAAGCGCAUGCAGACCCAUGUUUGA